CGGAAACUGGGGCUUGUUUCCGGCCGGACGGCCGAAAGCCACCCAUCCUGAACCAGCUGCUGGAGUCGGAGUGGCAACCGAGCGUGAAGCGGGCAAAAAGCCACUCGGGGAGGCCAGUUCCAAUCAGUCUCGUUUGGCUCCAGCUUCUGGUCCUGUGCGGAGCAACAGCCGCGGUCGCCAUCUCCGCCGCUGCCUCCGCCUCCAUCGUCGUCGGGGGAGGGGCCGGCCGGACCCCGGGGUCACUGCCGAGGAAUGAAGAGAGGCGGCCGGGCCCCGCGCUCCGCCCCGGCCUAGGGCCUAGCCCCGAGCCCCGGGAGCCGCGAGGGUGGAGGCCUGAAUUUUGAUCCAUGUCCUCCCUACAUCCAGCUGCCUGAAACUACUUAAUGAUCACAUGACCCUGGACAUGGAUGCUGUCCUGUCGGAUUUUGUCCGUUCCACAGGAGCAGAGCCAGGGCUGGCCCGAGAUCUCCUGGAAGGAAAGAAUUGGGAUGUGAGAGCAGCCCUCAGUGAUUUUGAACAGCUACGUCAAGUCCAUGCCGGGAACCUGUCCCCACCCUUUAGUGAAGGGAGUGGUGGCCCCAGGACCCCUGAAAAGGGGUUUUCUGAUAGAGAAUCUACUCGUCCUCCCCGGCCCACCCUGCAGCGGCAGGAUGACAUCGUUCAAGAAAAACGCCUGUCUAGGGGCAUCUCCCACGCCAGCUCCAGCAUUGUUUCCCUGGCCCGGUCCCAUGUCUCCUCCAAUGGUGGGGGUGGGGGGAGCAAUGAGCACCCCCUGGAAAUGCCCAUCUGUGCCUUCCAGCUCCCAGAUCUCACUGUGUACAAUGAAGACUUCCGCAGCUUCAUAGAGAGAGACCUCAUUGAACAGUCCAUGCUGGUUGCCUUGGAACAGGCAGGGCGUUUGAACUGGUGGGCGAGUGUGGACCCCACCUGUCAGAGGCUGCUUCCUUUGGCAACUACUGGAGAUGGGAACUGCCUCCUGCAUGCAGCCUCCCUUGGUAUGUGGGGCUUUCAUGAUCGUGACUUGAUGCUCCGGAAAGCUUUAUAUGCACUGAUGGAGAAGGGGGUGGAGAAGGAAGCACUGAAGCGGCGCUGGAGGUGGCAGCAAACCCAACAGAAUAAAGAGUCAGGGCUGGUAUACACAGAGGACGAAUGGCAGAAAGAAUGGAAUGAGCUGAUCAAACUUGCCUCAAGUGAACCCCGCAUGCAUCUAGGCACCAAUGGAGCCAACUGUGGUGGGGUGGAGAGUUCAGAGGAGCCUGUAUACGAAAGCCUAGAGGAGUUCCAUGUCUUUGUCCUUGCCCAUGUGCUUAGGAGGCCUAUAGUCGUCGUGGCAGACACAAUGCUGAGGGACUCGGGAGGGGAAGCAUUUGCCCCCAUUCCCUUUGGGGGCAUCUAUCUGCCCUUGGAGGUCCCAGCCAACCAGUGUCAUCGCUCUCCUCUAGUGCUUGCCUACGAUCAAGCCCACUUUUCUGCGCUUGUGUCCAUGGAGCAGAAGGAGAACACCAAGGAACAAGCUGUGAUCCCACUGACAGAUGCAGAGCAUAAGCUGCUGCCCUUGCACUUUGCCGUGGACCCUGGAAAGGGCUGGGACUGGGGCAAAGAUGACAGUGACAAUGUCCGAUUGGCCAGUGUAAUUCUGUCUCUGGAGGUCAAACUGCACCUGCUGCAUAGCUACAUGAAUGUGAAGUGGAUCCCACUGUCUUCUGAUGCACAGGCUCCCCUGGCCCAGCCUGAGUCCCCCACAGCCUCAGCUGGAGAUGAGCCCCGCUCCACUCCUGAGUCUGGGGAAUCAGACAAGGAGUCAGUUGGCAGCAGUUCUACCAGCAACGAGGGCAGCAGGCGGAAGGACAAGUCAAAGCGAGAUCGGGAGAAGGACAAGAAGAGAGCAGAUUCUGUGGCUAACAAACUGGGCAGCUUUGGCAAAACCUUGGGCAGCAAGCUCAAGAAGAACAUGGGAGGCCUGAUGCACAGCAAGGGGUCUAAGCCUGGAGGGUUGGGAACGGGCUCAGGGGUAAGCAGUGGCACUGAGACACUAGAGAAGAAGAAGAAAAACUCACUGAAGAGCUGGAAGUGUGGCAAGGAGGAGGCAGCUGGGGAUGGGCCUGUGUCUGAGAAGCCCGCAUCUGAAUCUGUUGGUAAUGGAGGAAGCAAGUAUAGCCAGGAGGUGAUGCAAAGUCUGAGCAUUAUGAGGAUUGCAAUGCAAGGGGAAGGGAAGUUUAUUUUUGUUGGAACCCUGAAGAUGGGUCACCGCCACCAGUAUCAGGAGGAGAUGAUCCAGCGCUACCUUUCUGAUGCUGAGGAGAGAUUCCUGGCAGAGCAGAAGCAGAAGGAGGCAGAGAGGAAGAUCAUGAAUGGAGGAGUAGGGAGUGGGCCUCCUCCAGCCAAAAAGCCAGAGCCAGAUGGUGGGGAGGAGCUGCUGCCUGCCCCCCUAGCAGAGUCCAAGGCAAUGGCCUUCUCUACUGGCUACCCUGGGGGCUUUACUAUCCCUCGGCCUUCUGGGGGUGGAGUCCACUGCCAGGAACCCCGGAGGCAGUUGGCAGGGGGUCCAUGUGGGGGGGGCCUACCACCAUAUGCCACCUUCCCCAGACAGUGCCCUCCUGGGCGACCCUACCCACAUCAGGACAGCAACCCUUCUCUGGAGCCAGGCAGUCACUCCAAGGAUGGCGUUCACAGGGGUGCAUUGUUACCACCUCCCUUCCGUGUGGCUGACUCUUAUAGUAACGGCUACAGAGAGCCCCCUGAACCAGAUGGAUGGACUGGAGGUCCCCGGGGGCUUCCCCCAACUCAGACCAAAUGCAAACAACCGAACUGCAGCUUCUAUGGACACCCUGAAACAAACAAUUUCUGCUCCUGCUGUUAUAGGGAAGAACUGAGGAGGAGGGAACGUGAACCGGGUGGGGAACUGCUGGUGCACAGGUUCUGAAUAGGUGGAACCUGGGAGGGCAAAGGAGCUAAACAAAGAAAGUCAAACUUAACAAAUUGGCUCAUCAAGGCCCAGCCCCUAUGUUGAUGGGGCAAACACAGUAAUGUUCUGGGGGAGCCUGGCUGGAAACUUUUAAGUGUGUGUGCGCUGGAGUGCUGCCAGGCUGGUGAGAGCAGGUCAGGGCUGGAUGGUGCCUCAAGGGCUGUCCUAUUCCUUUGCAGAGCUUGACUUGAUGGGACGGAGGAGGUACAAGGGGGAAAGAUGGUGGUUCUGUCUCAUAACCCCUUGGGCUCCAUCUCAGGACCUAAGGGAAAGUACUAGGGGAAGGUUUGGUGUGUGUGGGGUGGGAGGUGGGCAUAAGUCUACAGGAGGAACAGGCAAAGGAGGUUCUCAGUCAAUAAAGAAAAAAUAGACCAAAGUUCUUUCAGGUCGGAAAACAGCACAUGGUGGUGGAUAUGGAGGGGAACUGGAAGUUCAGACAUAUUUUCUAUUGAUUUGAUGAAGGUAGAAAUCAGGGUAGGGUUUCUUCCUCCUGGAGGAUCUUGGGAGCCCUGAGGAUGCAGUGGUUAAGCGUUCGGCUGCUAGCAAAAAUGUCAGCAGUUUGAAUCCAUCAGCCUCUUCUUGGAAACCCUAUGGGGCAGUUCUGCUCUGUCCUAUAGGAUCACUAAAUGAGUCGGAAUCCACUUGACCGCAACAGGUUUGGUUUUGGCAGGGGAGGAUCUAGAAAGACAGAGCAGUAAUGUCUGCCCAUGGGUGGUUAUUAGGAGAGGGGGGUAGUUUAAAUCACAGUUUAUUGAGUUGGGAGGGGGAGGAACUGAAAAGGGGAAUCCUUUGCCUCCCAAAUUUUAUUUCCUUCUGAAAAGCCAUCUGUCAUUUAUUCUAGUUUGAGAGAUUGCUGAAUGCUGCCUAUCUUUUCCUCCUCCUUUUUGAGGGCCGAGCUCAGCUAAGUUAAGAAGGUUGUGAUUUUUUUUAAAGAUUUUAAUUUUAUAAAAAAAAAAAAAAAAAGUUCCCUCUGGGGAAGGGAAGAGAAUGAUGAGAAGACCAGCUGUUUGUGUUGAAUUUUCUCCAGGUGAAUUAGUGCAGAGGUGAUUUUUUUUUUUUUUUUUAACUACUUAGCAAUAAUCAUACAUUAAGGCUAUAAUUGUGCGUUGGGAGGGGUGGGGAAAGGACAGACAUUUGGCCAGACUGUUUGAAACAAAACCAAAAAUCUAAAUAGAGCACUACCAUCUUCUGCUGCUGCUUUUCUGUAGAAAACAACUUAUUUUAUGGGCUAAUUUUUUUUUUUUUUUUUUAAGGAAAAGAAACCAACAAAAAGACCCCAUCAAGCAAAAACAUUUUUAAAAAAAAAGGAAUUUUUUUUUUUUUUUUCCUAUUCAAGUGAUCGUUUCUCCUUCCUCUCUACUUCUGGAGAGUGACUAUAACAUCCCGGCUUCUUUUGUUAAGCCAUAGCUGACCUUAAUCUGUGGUUAGUUUAUUAAAAUAAUUAAAAAAAAAAAACUUUGUAAGAAGAGAUAUUUUUGAUAUUAGGACUGAUGUUGAAACAUGGGGUAGGGGUUAGGGACAAUUUAUAAAAAGGUAGUUAGAGAAAUAUAUUUUAGUGAACUAUAACCACAGACCACCGAUUACUCCCAAUGAGCUGAGCUGUCUUUGGAUUUCUCCCUUUCCCUGACCCAACCCUUUUCUCCAGACAGUAGGAGUAGGGAUGCGGACCCAGUAGAGGGAGUUCCUUUGCAUUUUGCACAAAGCACAAGUCUGGACAGCCUAUGCUCUGACCAGAGCCGUUCCUAAGAGCUUUAAAUCAGAGGACCUAUCCUAGGCCAAUUUUCCUUUUUCUUUAUAUUUUAUAUUUUUCUGGAAAAAAAAAAAAACAAACUAUGCAAUUGUAUA